AUGAGUGAAUUAGUUGAAAAUCAGCUUUCGACGCUACGCUUCGUAGCGAAAGCACUGGACAAUUUCAAGAAAAUUGGCCGGAAUAAUCUCACCUCCGCCAAGAUACGAAACCGAAUGACAUCACUCAAGGAAACGUGGAAUAAUUGCCUGGAAGGACAUCGCCUGUUGCUGCAACAUUAUCCGGAAUCAAAACGCGAUCUCAUCGCUUAUUUCCGAGACGAGCAACUGGAUCAAUACCAGGAAAUCUACUUGACAGCACUGGACUACAUGUCUGACUGUUUGGAGGAACUGGAACCGUGCGUGAGUCCGCUCCAAUCAAGCGACCGAUCUGUAUCUCAUAUACAGUCGGAAUCCGCGUUAUCAUUGAGACAUUUACCGCCAAUCCAAUUACCACCGUUCUCCGGUAAAGCCGACGAGUGGGAAACUUUUCGCGAUCGAUUCACUGCGUUAAUCAUAAAGAAUCCCGAAUUAUCCGAUUUCGCGCGCAUGCAUUUUUUGGUCUCAAGCUUGACCGAUAAAGCUCGCGAUGUUGUAGCGGGUACUUCUGUUACCGCUGAUAAUUUUGACGUCGCUUGGAAAGCAUUAACUUCUCGUUUUGAAAAUAAACGUAAACUUGUUGAACUUCACAUUGCUGAAUUAUACAAUUUACCUUCGGUUAACAAAGAAUGUGCCGCGGAAUUGCACGCUUUACGAGAUAAAGCCGAUCGAGCGCUUUCAGCCUUAAAGCGGUUAAACCGAACACAAGAGGAUAUACUUAAUGACAUUUUAGUCUAUUUUGUAUCGCUCAAGCUUGACUCCGCCACUCGUCGCGCAUGGAAACUCAAAACCGGAUCGGAAUCGACUCCGCCGAAUUACGAAGACUUGAUUACGUUUAUAUCAUCGCGUGCGCUCGCAUUAGAGGAAUUAGCUCCUUCCGCUGCAAACAAAGGUCGACAUACUGUUCAAGCGAACACUGCGACCUUCGCGCGUCAAUCUUCCGGUCCGUGUCCAGUCUGUAAGACACCGCAUUAUCUUAGUAGGUGUCAACAAUUUGUAAUUAAGAGUCCGAAUCAGAGACGCGAAAUUGUCAAGAAUUCAAAUCUAUGCUUCAAUUGUCUCGGAACGAAACAUUCCGUAAAAAACUGCCAAAGUAAAAAUACAUGUCGCAUUUGUCAAAAAAGGCAUCAUUCUCUCUUGCAUCUUGAUUCGGCCUCUUCAAGCGAUCUAGACGUUACACGAGCGAACACGUCUAGCACCAGCGCAACUAUUGAUAAUCUCGAGCCAUCGCAAACCGUCGCGAUGUCCGCCGUAUGUUCAAGUGCACCCGUGUCAUCCGUAUUACUGGCCACAGCGAAAGUAACAGUUCGGUCUCCCGACGGUCGCGUCUGUGAAGCUCGCGCCCUGAUCGAUCAAGGGUCAGAGGUCACUUUUAUUUCAGCAAGAUUAGCAAGAAUCUUGCGUUUACCUCGGAAACGAAUGUUCGCUCAAAUUUCCGCAGUCGGCGGUAUCAAUGCGGAUACAUGUCGACAGUCCGCUGUCAUUGAAUUCGCACCUCGCGGAAAGCCUAAGCCAGUUUUCACUACGGUCGCGUAUAUUCUAAAUGCGCUUACUAAAUACGCGCCGCGAUUAUCUGUCUCAGUAUCGGAUUGGAGACAUAUAAGUACACUCAAGUUAGCAGACGAUGAUCCCACAGGAUCAAGCCCUAUUGACGUAAUCAUCGGCGCCGACAUUUACAGUCAAAUCAUUACGAAUGGAAUACGGAAAGGUCCAAUCGGGCAACCUAUCGCCCAGCGAUCUCAUUUUGGAUGGAUUAUCUCUGGACCCGCUCAGAAUCAGAACGUUUCUGCUCAAACGAUUAACGUCUUUCAUUGCUCAAUCGAGCGUGAGUUACGCCGUUUUUGGGAAAUCGAAGAGAUCCCACGCUAUAACAUUUUGUCUCCUGCCGAAGAACAAUGUGAGAAACAUUUUCUUACGACUCACUCACGAAUUUCCGACGGGCGUUACGUGGUUCGGCUGCCGUUUAAGACGAAGUUCCCUAUCGACAUCGGAGAGUCUAGAUCAAUAGCUAUACGGAGACUAACAGCAUUAAAAAGGCGUCUAGAUACGAAUCCAGAUCUCAAAUCGGAAUAUUCAGCGUUUCUUGAAGAAUACGAGCAGUUAAAACACAUGAAAAGAGUGCAUCCUCCAACCGCAUCUCAUUCACCGGCGGUUUAUCUUCCGCAUCAUCCGGUGAUCCGCACAACGAGCGCUACCACUAGACUGCGCGUCGUGUUCAACGCGUCCAGCCUCACAACAAACGGUACAUCGUUAAAUUCACAUUUAGAGAUCGGGCCUAAAUUACAAACGGAAAUAACGGCGAUCUUAUUACGAUGGCGGAAACAUAAGUAUGUUUACAUGGCGGAUAUUGCCAAGAUGUACCGACAGAUUUUGGUCGACCCUCGUGAUCGUGACUAUCAACGUAUUGUCUGGUAUAAUCAGGAUCAAUCGGACAUUCAGGAUUAUCAAUUGUCCACUGUUACGUAUGGAACCGCGUCAGCUCCGUUCCUGGCUUUACGAGUGAUCAAGCAAUUGAUAACAGACGAAGGAGCCGCAUUUCCCCUUGCAACUCCGAUUCUUCAAGAUGAUAUUUACGUUGAUGACGUUCUUUUCGGAGCCAAUGACAUAUCAGUGCUGCGUCAAGUCCGCGAACAACUCUGCUCUCUGCUGUCUCGCGGCAGAUUUACUUUACGAAAAUGGGCCAGCAACAACUCCGCAUUACUGGCAGACAUUCCGGAAGAAUGUCACGGACUCGCCGGAAACAGAUGGCUAACUUUCGAAGAAAAUUUCAGUGUUCUAGGAUUAACAUGGAAUCCCGCCUAUGACACUUUUCAAUUUCGCGUGGAUCUCUCACCGACACUUCCAGAUACGAAAAGGAAGAUACUAUCAACGAUCGCUCGAUUAUUCGAUCCAUUAGGAUGGGUCACCCCCGUUACGAUCAACGCGAAAAUCUUCAUGCAACAUUUGUGGAGAUUAAAAUUAAACUGGGACGACACCAUUCCGUCACAAACACUUCAGCGCUGGGAAUCAAUAUACUACAACCUAUCGGCCUUAAAUAAUUUACAGAUUCCUAGAUGGCCAUGUCAAGAUGACAGUACUGCUUUAUGCGAGUUACACGGAUUUGCAGAUGCAUCUAACGCGGCAUACGCCGCCGCAGUUUAUAUGCAUACGACCUCGCAAUCAGGAGAGAUAAAGAUCACAUUAUUAGCGGGCAAGUCGAAAGUCGCGCCACUCAAGAUCACAAGCCUCUCUCGAUUGGAAUUACAAGCAGCAUGCCUUCUUGCUCGGUUGAUCGAGUUCACGCAAUCCUCACUCCAGAUGUCAAACGUCGCGUGUCAUUGUUGGACGGACUCUACAGUAGUAUUGGCAUGGUUAAACUCACAUCCGUCCAGAUGGAAAACUUUCGUCUCUCAUCGAGUCGCAGAUAUCCAAUCUCGAUUACCUGAAGUUCAAUGGCGGUACAUUCCAUCCGCAGAUAACCCAGCCGAUUGUGCUUCGAGAGGUAUUCUACAUUCUGAUUUCAAUGCCUUUAACCUGUGGUGGCACGGUCCUCCCUGGCUCAAACUAACUCAGACCAAAUGGCCAAGAGAUCCCGCUCCUCCACUGGAAGAAGCGCCUGAGGAGAAUCGGAAACUUAUAGUACACGUAGCUCACACAGAUUCUGGCUGGGAUUUAGCCACAAGAUACUCCACGUGGCCGAAGCUAAUCCGAAUUACAGCAUAUACUAUCCGUUUCGCAACCAGAUUCCGAAAGAAAGAUCAAACUUCAACUGACUCAGAGGUGCAAAGCCAAUCUUUGACGGCAAGUGAAUUUCAGACCGAACGCAAAUUUUGGAUUAGAUCAAUCCAGGCAGACGUCUUCAGUGACGAAUUGGACGCUCUCAAGAAACAACAAGCACUUCCAUCAAAAUCGGCGUUAGCUAUGCGUACUAUCCAUCGAUAUCGAGUCUUCGGAAACGGUUCUCCGAGCGACAAUUGA